AUGGCACCCAUCCGCCUCGCCAUCCUCGAAGCCGACACUCCGGUUCCCCAAGCCAACGAAAAGUACAAGGGCUACCUCGGCAUUUUUACUCACCUCUUCAGACGUGCUGCGGACCCUGAACCUCUCGAAUCAAUUUUGACCAUCACGGGCCAUGACAUUGUCGCCUUUCCCUCCACCGCCUACCCCGACCUCGACUCGAUAGACGCAGUCCUUAUCACCGGCUCAAAGUACAACUCGUUUGAUAAUGACGACUGGAUACUGUCCCUGGUGGAAUUCACCCGCAAAGCUCUCAUCCAUCCCCGCGUAAAAGUAAUAGGCGUCUGCUUCGGGCAUCAGAUCGUGGCCAGGGCAAUGGGAUGUCUCGUUCAACGAAGUGACAAGGGGUGGGAGGUCUCAGUGACGGAAACGACUCUCACAGACAAGGGAAAGCAAAUAUUUGGAAACCACCAAAGUCUUAAAAUCCAACAAAUGCACCGCGACCAAGUCUACGGCAUCCCCGCUGGCGCCCAACUCCUCGCCUCCACCGAAAAGUGCCCCAACCACGGCUUCCUCGUUCCCAACCGUGUCAUCACUAUCCAAGGCCACCCGGAAUUCACCUCUGAAAUCAUGAACGAAAUCCUCGUCUUGCGGCACGGCACCGGCUUGUUUACUGACGAAGUGUACCAGUCUGGCGUGCAGCGCAAUGGCGAUCACCACGACGGGGUGGAUGUCACCAAAGUGUUUAUCCAAUUUCUUCACGGCGAGUUCGAUGAAGAGGAAGAUCCAGCGCAAAAAUAG